AUGGCGGAAUCCUCAUCGCAAGUCGAACCGGCGCGAUUUCGCUUCAAUGAUCUCCCGGCCGAGCUCAAGCUCAUCAUCAUCAAAGCCGCCCUGCCGGAGCAGCGCAUCUUCCACGUCAGCGGCAGGUGGACAGACGAAUCUGAGCCAAAGGAAACCGGCGCUGAUACGUACGGCUUCACAUUUUACUAUCGGCACCCGCCGCCCGUACUGCUCUCUGUAUGCCCCGCGAUGCGCGCUACCGUCCUGCAAUGCGGCGUGUUUCUCGAUUCUCUUCGUGGCGCCCGCGGCGCGUUCUUCAUACCCGCCGUCGACAUGCUGUAUCUCGACGAGUACCACGCGCCGCGCUAUAUUAGGCAAUGGUACGGCGGAUCUCCUGACGCGGACGCCGCCCGCUGGGCGGCCAUUCGACAUGUUGGGAUUUGGUGCCAGCACUUGCAUUCAGAGUAUGCUGGGAAUCUGGUUGAGCAGAAUGUACCGUUUAUCGAACCAUUCGUCAAGUGGGGUCCAGUGCUGGCGAUGAUGCGCAAUCGUAUGCCUGCGCUGCACAGUGUCACAUUCAUGGUGCCAAUGCACGUGUGGGCCACCGAUAAGCUGCCGAGAUUGGACGGCACCACAUACGUGCUGCCGAGAUCAUGGGACCGGGACGGGUGGCGGAGGAUCUUGGGGAGGCGACACACCAGGGAGUGGCCAGGCACCAAAAAGCAGCGGCGGCGCGGUCCGCGCCGCAACUGGUGCCGUUGCCGGAGGAAAUGGAUGUGUCCUGCCACCUACUUCGAGCCCUAG